AGGCGCCGCUGCCGCUAGAUGUAGUCGUGGCCGAGUGGUUAAGGCGAUGGACUAGAAAUCCAUUGGGGUCUCCCCGCGCAGGUUCGAAUCCUGCCGACUACGUUUCCGGCUUUUUAUUGUUAUUAUUUUUUUACAGUCACUUUUUUUAAAGCUCUUUUUCCUUCCUUCUCUCCACGGGCUAGGAGCCCGCGCCAUGCAGCACAGCGCCGCGCCCGCCGUGCUGGGCACCACCAGGCAAGUCCAGAAUGCUCACACAGGGAUAGAUCUGUCAGUGCCGGAGUACCAGGAAAUUCGUGGGAAGAUGAUGUCCGGCCAUGUGGAAUAUCACAUUGUAGCUGUCACCCGACUAGCUGCAUUCAAGUCGGCAAAACACAGACCUGAAGACGUGGUUCAGUUUAUGGUCUCUAAGAAGUACAGCGAGAUUGAGGAGUUUUACCAAAAGCUGGCUGCACACUAUCCACACAUUUCUCUGCCACAGUUACCGAGAAAAGUUCUGUUUGUUGGAGAACUGGAUAUCCGAGAACGAAGAACAGCAUUCAACGACAUCAUGAAAUUCAUUGCUAAAGAGGUGGAUCUUGCCACGAGCCCUGAGUUACUGGAAUUUUUAGGAACAAAAUUUACUGGAGUCACUGACUUUAAGGGUAAAAAUGUUCCUGAUGACAGGGAAGAGGAGGAGGAACAUGAAGUGUUAGAUUUCUUCAAAGAGAUGACAUCUGACACAGUCUCUCAGAUGCCAGUGGUAAAAGGUCAAGGAGCCAAAAAGGAAGAGGAAGAGGAGGAGGAGGAAGAUGUAGAUCCUCUUGGUAUAAUCAGAUCUAAAAAACUGAAGAAGCUCCCACCUCCUCCAGCCAAGGAAGACAGGCCCAAGUUAAACAUUUUUGAUGAGGAAAUAGAUCCAGAUGAAGGACUGUUUGGCCCAGUAAAGGAUUUUUCAUCCACCGGUUCCAAGGACUCAUCAAUCAAAGAUAACCUAAAGUUAUUUGAAGAUCCAGACCUUGGUGGGACUGUUAAACUUGGUGACUCACUACUGCUGCCAACUGCCUGUGGACAGAAAGAGCAAAGAUUAAGCACCAGCCUUGAUGAGGACAUUGAGGAGCUAUUCAGGGUUGAAGAGGAUUUAGAGAAGAUUUUGAAAAUCAGUUCCAAACCAAAGCCAAAGGUGCCAGCCAAACCCACAUUACCUAAGAAGCCAAUAAUCACCACUCAGAACAAUGUUAGUUCAGUCCCACCAACAAAACCAAAAGACGACAAAAUUCAAGCCAUGAACGAGGUGGACAUUCUCCAGUACAUUCAAGAAAAUGAAUCCAUCAGCAAUCAAGACAUGAGUCUUUUUUGAAGCAUUAUAUAUAUAAUGUAUAUAUACAUUAUAAUGUGUACGUCUAUCUGUAUGUAUGUACGUAAAAGGUAACCAGUACUCUUCCAUUGUCACUACAUCUGCCAACUUGUCUUGCUUUUAAGAGCAGCACAUUUGAUUACUUCACAAGCUCCAAGCAUUGAAGAAUAUGUUUUUCAACAGGAUGAAAUUCUGGCUUGAAGCUGCCUUAUAUUUUAUGGGCUUUUAAAAAAUAUAUAGACAACGAUGCAACACUUGAGAGUCUAUGUAUUAUAGUCAUGUUAUCCUCAUACUUAUGUAAUACAGCUUUAGAGAACUGAUUGCUAGAGUGGAAGGGACAGAAUGAGGAGUUUACACUCCAGGUGUGCAUAUAGGCUAUGAACAAUCCAAGGAACACAGUGCCUUUCUUUCCUUUCUGUAGUUGUAUAUAAGACAUAUUUUAGCCAACUGGAAAUGUAGUUCCUUUCUCCUUUGUCUAUUCUUCAACAGCUUUCCUUCCCUUGCUGUCAUUCUGGUGAGUUACAGCCACUUACUGCUUCUGGGGAUACGUGAAAUUCCCUCUUCCCCCUCUCCACUUUGUAGUUCAGAAGUGCAUUAAUUCUCCAGGUGGUUGUACUCUUCAGCCAGUUCUUAAAACCACAGGGACAAUCACUCCUACCCCUAGUGUUACAGGAUACAAGUACACUGUAGCCACAUUUACAGGUGUGCUUUCCUGUGGAGUAGACCCAUUACCUGUGGAGUAAAUUGUUGCCAUCUGCAUGUGUGAUGCUAUUAGGCCUCAGUAAACUAAUUAACAGUACCAUAAGAUAGUACUGUUGGAGACAGUAGUGCCUUAUGGCAGAGUAAUUCAUAUAUGUGUGACUCCUCAGGAAAGCUUCUUGGGAAUUUUUCAACAAAAUGGGACAAAACUCCUACAGAGUUUAUUGCUUUGAAUUAAUUGCACGUGUAGAUGCACCCAGUGUUGUCUUUGGUUAUUGGCUAUUUACAGAGUUUGAAUUACGGGGGAGCUCGGUGGGCUGAGCCCCCCUGUAAGAUUUGAAAAUCAUAACCUGGGGGGGGGUCUCUGAUUUUAUUAGGGGAUCACGAUGGGCAGGCCAAUAUUUUUUGCAGACUCCCCCCUCCCACUCUCUCCUGCAAGAGUCAGAGUAAUUAGAACCCUGGCUAUUUAGAUACAAUUUCAAAUUCAUAGGAGAACUGGUGUCAUUGUAAAACACAGUGUGGACACUGCAUAUCUAUGCACAGAUUAUCAGAACCCUGAUGAUUAGUAUAGGAGCAUGGUAAGGAGUUAGUGAAUGCUUGAGGAUGGCCUAUAUUAGGCCUGCUUAGGAAGACUAGAUGCUCCAGGACCCUUGGGCCCAUUUCUGUUGAAACACAGGAGUGGGAUGACACUAAAUGUUGGUCACUUCAAGUCUGUUUUUUAUUUUGAUAACCAGGCAGGAGUGACUUUGAGAUGCAACACCUACAAAACAAUCAGAAAAUACCUUGGUGAAAUUAUAGUGAAAAGUAAGAAUCUGACGCAGCAUAUCACAUUUACAUGCCCUUCCUUUUCUGUGGCAAUACUAGGGGGCUCUUAUGGCAUGUGCUGGAUUAUAAAUGUGGGUGAGUGUCUAUUGUAGCCUACUAUUGAAUGUAUUGCACCAGUGAACUAAACAAGAUUGGAGAUAGACAGGGUCUCCAGAGGUGAAAUGUUAAUAUAUUGAAGCCAUAUCCCAUACUACCCCCUUUUAACUUGCCUUUUAAUAUAGAUCAGAAUUAAUAAGGAACAUAUAAAGUACUUAAUAUAUCUAUAUUUAAUAAUUAUAAUGAUUUCUAGUAAUAUUUUCAUUUUAUGUCAACAGAUACUAUUAUACCAUUAGUUUAAAUGAACAAAUAAAACCUAUUAGCUCUAAGUCAUGUAAAAUAAGUUUCAAUGUAAUAAAACGUGCUAACCUGC